AUGUCUCGUAUUCCCAUCGUCCGAAACUCGGAUUAUCGUUUGAACGGCCCAAAGUCCUAUGCUUACGCCCUCAUUAAAUACAAUCUGACUCCUAGUCAGCCUGGCAAAUUCUAUCGAGAGAAUGCCCACUCCAAACUGAUGAUGAAGAACACAGACGGCGCUCAUGCAAUCGUUACUGCUGACGAUGUGAUGAACGAUUCCUUCUACACUUGUCCUGUUCAAGUUGGUACUCCUCCUCAGACACUUGACCUCAAUUUGGAUUCUGGAUCGUCCGACCUCUGGUUCUGGUCGACCAAGCUCGACAAGCGAGUCCAGCGUGCAGGCAAAGCCAACGAAGUUGCAAUCUUUGACACUGCUAAAUCAUCCACCUUCAAGCCCGUCCCAAGUUCCACCUGGAAGAUCACCUAUGGCGACGGCUCUGGUGCUUCGGGCGUUGUUGGUACUGACGAUAUUCAGAUUGGAGACAUCACGGUCAAGGGACAAGCUAUCGAACUUGCAACCGAGAUCUCAAGCAGUUUCCAGAACCAGACAUCCAGUGGCCUGUUGGGUCUGGCCUGGGGCGAUCUCAAUACAGUAACUCCGACUCCGGUCAAGACACCAGUCGAGAACAUGAUCGCUCAAGGUUCCCUCCCAACCGAUGCUCAAAUGUGGUCAUGCUAUCUGGGAUCUGUCAAGGACAUCAACGACCCUGAUCACGGCAACUCCUGGUAUCUCUUCGGUCCCUAUGACAAAUCAGUCGUCGAGGCAUCAGGUCAAGAGAUUGCGUGGACUCUCAUAGACAACACACAGGGCUUUUGGAUGUUCGACUCUGACGCUGCAACAAUCAAUGGCCAAACUCUAGAGCUCCCAGAAGGCAAGGCGAUGGCCGAUACUGGCACCACUCUCAUGCUCUGUGACGACAAGUUCUGUCAAGCACUGUAUGAUGCCGUUGAUGGUGCACGAUUUGAUCCCCAAGUCGGUGGCUGGAUCUUGCCGUCUGACAAUAUCGACAAGCGCCCAGAGCUGAAAGUCAAAGUUGGCGCAGACAAGUAUAUCACCAUUGAGAAGGAGCAACUCAGCUGGGCCGAGCUUGAAGAUGGUUCGGGCAUGAGCUUCGGCUCGAUUCAGUCCAACGGUAACGCUCCAUUUGCCAUCUUUGGCGACACCUUCUUGCAAUGCUGCUAUGCUAUCUUUGACGUCGGCAACCAACGUUUUGGCUGCGUCCAGCGACCUGAUCCUACUCCAGCUGGAAAAUAA